AUGAAAAUUGACUCAAUUGCUAUAAUUGGAGCUGGACCAGGGGGUAUAGCUGCCUUGUAUGAGUUUCUUAAUACAGACAAGAAUGGAAAUUCUACAGUUGGUACAUCUAGAUCUAAUGAAGGUGCUUUUUCGAAAAUAGUUGCCUUUGAGCAGAAAAGCAGGCCAGGGGGUGUCUGGGCCUCUGAUUUUGAGCAACAGGGUCCCUUAUUCCCUUCGCAGGAGUUGCUUAAUACCGGGGCCUACAAUGAUCCAUCUGUUCUUCAUCCAAAGAGAGCUAUACCCGAAUCUCUUGAAGGUACUACUUUUCAACUGCCUUUAAGCACUAAUGAGGAUAUCAGCCUUAAGGAGCUGGAAUGGAGUACAAGUGGUGUAUUUUCCGACUUGUUCACCAAUGUUCCAUGGAGGUUCACUCGAUUUUCAUACAUUCCAAAUGAAGAGAAAUAUUACGAUGAAUCGAGAAGAAUAUAUCCUUUUGUUUCACAACAAGAGCUUACAAAAAGUUUAGAUGAUUUCAUCGAUAAGGAGCGCUUAGUUGAUUAUAUAAGGGUUAAUUCAAAAGUAGAAUCACUUGAAAAAAACAGCAAAGGGAAAUGGGUGCUAACUGUUAGAAAACUUCUGAAAAAGGGAGAAUAUCAUUGGUACCAGGAAGAGUUUGAUGGCGUUGUAGUAGCUAUUGGCCAUUAUUCACUCCCUAAUAUCCCACAUAUUCCUGGAUUGGCUCAGCAGAAUGAGCUUCAUCCUGGAUCAUUAAUGCAUGCAAAAUCGUUCAGAAAUGCAGAGAUAUUUAAAAACCAAAAGGUGGUGCUAGUCGGCAGCUCAAUAAGUACUACAAACUUAGUGCAGUAUAUUGUACCACUUGCUAAGAAGGUCAUUAUUUCAAGAAGAAGUGUGAAUAAGAUCUACCCAUGGAUCAAUGAUGCCCUAAGUUCUGAAGGUAUAGUGUCGAAGCCCACAAUAUCUAAAAUAGUGCCGGAAAAAAAUGAAAUUAUAUUCAGCGAUGGAUCUGUUGAAAAGAACGUUGAUAAAAUUGUAUUUACCACUGGCUACCACUUUCAUUUCCCCUUUUUGGAGGAUAAGUUGAAGGUUCAUUCACCUUCGAAUUCAAGUAGAGUUUCGGGACUCUAUUAUAAUACUUUUUCCAUUGAUGAUCCUUCAUUGGCAGCAGUUGGAAUUACAGUAUCUCCUUUAACUUUCCAUACCAUCGAAGCUUCUGCUGCAGCAAUAGCUGGUGUAUGGUCUGGAGCUAAAGAGCUUCCGUCUAAGGAGAAACAAAGAGAAUGGGAAUUAUCUAGAGUGAAAACCCACGGUGACAACUUACAAUUCCAUUUUUAUCCUUACGAUAAUGUUAAGGAAGAAUUUGUUGAUAAAGUUCACAAAUUUUCUCCUCAUAAUAGGAAAAGUGCUCUAGAUAUAGAUGGUCAGUAUGUUAACGAUAUUCCAGAAGGCACCAAAAGAUUAGAACAAAUAUUUCAUAAGUUAAAAAGUGGAGAAUACAAAGUAGAAGACACAUUGUACCCUGUUUCUAAUCCCAAUAGAGUAUAA